UCUACUACCUCUCCGCUCCUAAAACCUUAACAUGUCCUAACCACUCUCAUAUCUCUGCCUCUUCUACUCUCACUGGCCAACUUUUUCUUUGGGUAUGCAACUGACGUUCUCUUUUUAGAUUAUUUAAAGUGUGAAGAAUAAGGUUAUUGUGAGUGAAGAAAAUGGUGAGGCCUUAUGGUAAAGGGCACAAGAAAAGGAAGAAAGGGGAGAGGUAUGAUAAAGAAGAAGAGGAAGUGGAAGAUGAACAAGUUCAAGAAGAGAAAGCUGAUAGUGAGACUGAAAUGAGAGCUCAAGAUGGCGAAGAAAAAACAGAAGAGGCAAAAGAAAUGCAACUGCCAGGAGUGGAGGAGGGCAUUCCUAUUGUCCCAAGUCAUCAAACUGGCAAGAAACCUGGGGUUAUAUUCGUGCUCGAAAAGGCUUCUUUGGAAGUUGCAAAAGUUGGAAAGAGUUACCAAAUUUUGAAUUCUGAGGAGCAUGCCAAUUUCCUGCGGAGGAAUAAAAAAAAUCCUGCUGAUUACAGACCUGACAUUAUUUAUCAGGCUCUCCUAUCCAUCUUAGAUAGCCCAUUGAAUAAGGCUGGGCGGUUGAGAGCUGUAUAUGUGAAAACAGAUAAAGGUGUUCUUUUUGAAGUGAAGCCACAUGUUCGUAUUCCGAGGACUUACAAGCGUUUUGCCGGUAUUAUGUUGCAGCUGCUACAAAAACUGAGUAUAACUGCUGUCGGUAAUCGUGAGAAGCUUUUGCGUGUGAUCAAGAAUCCUGUAACCCAAUACCUGCCAUUAAACUCUCGUAAAAUAGGCUUCUCCCAUAGCUCAGAAAAAUUGGUCCAAAUGGAGAAGUAUGUGGCUGGAGUUGGUGAUGACACCGACCUUGUUUUCGUGGUCGGUGCCAUGUCCCAUGGUAAAAUUGAAUGUGAUUAUGUAGAUGACUUCAUAUCAGUGUCUGAAUACCCGCUGAGUGCUGCCUGGUGUAUUGCAAGGGUAUGCGAGGCUGUGUCGAAGAAGUGGCGUGUGCUGUAAACUCUCAUGUCUCUGCAUUUUGACGAUCAUAUUCUGAUCUGGCAGCAUAACCAGAAUUGAAGUACAUGUAAAGCCAAACCGUAGCACAAAAACAAUUUAAAUGGCAAUUUUGAUUUCAUUUUGAUGACACAAAUAUGUUAACACUUGUGCCUUGUUCACUAAAGAGCCCCUGCUCAUACCGAUUUA